CUUAUUGAUAUGAUCCACCACUCACUCACAAACACACACAUACACACAAACCAUCACCUUCGUUGGUGACGCGCCAAUCCAUUUCAAACCCUAACUAAUUAUAUCUUUUAUCAAUCUGCUCGUGUAUCUAUCUGUAUCUAUAUCUAUAUAUUUCAAAAUUAAAGAUGCCGUCAGCAUAUGGAGCUCGAUUAACGACGUUUGAAGAUUCAGAGAAGGAAAGCGAGUGCGGUUAUGUUCGUAAGGUGUCAGGGCCAGUUGUCAUUGCAGACGGAAUGGCAGGAGCUGCUAUGUAUGAACUUGUUCGUGUUGGACAUGACAACCUUAUAGGGGAGAUUAUUCGUCUGGAAGGAAAUUCUGCCACAAUCCAAGUUUAUGAAGAAACAGCUGGGUUGAUGGUGAAUGAUCCUGUUCUGCGGACACACAAGCCUCUGUCCGUGGAGUUGGGCCCUGGAAUAUUGGGGAAUAUAUUUGAUGGUAUUCAGAGGCCUCUUAAAACUAUUGCAAAAAGAUCAGGUGAUGUCUACAUUCCUCGUGGUGUGUCUGUCCCAGCUCUCGACAAGGACAUACUUUGGGAAUUCCAGCCUAAAAAGUUAGGCGAGGGAGAUCAUGUAACAGGUGGAGAUCUAUAUGCUACUGUGUUUGAGAACAGUUUAGUGGAACAUCGCAUUGCUCUACCUCCUGAUGCCAUGGGAAAGAUAACAUAUGUUGCACCAGCUGGUCAAUACUCAUUAAAGGACACUGUCCUGGAGCUUGAAUUUCAAGGUGUCAAAAAGCAGUAUACUAUGCUUCAGACAUGGCCUGUACGUACACCUCGGCCCGUUGCAUCAAAGCUUGCAGCCGAUACUCCUCUUCUUACUGGGCAGCGUGUUCUUGAUGCCCUUUUCCCAUCGGUGCUUGGUGGGACAUGCGCCAUUCCUGGUGCAUUUGGCUGUGGAAAAACAGUUAUUAGCCAAGCUCUAUCUAAGUACUCAAAUUCGGACACUGUUGUUUAUGUUGGUUGCGGAGAAAGAGGAAAUGAAAUGGCAGAAGUUCUCAUGGAUUUCCCUCAAUUGACCAUGACAUUACCUGAUGGCCGCGAAGAAUCUGUGAUGAAACGUACUACACUUGUAGCCAAUACUUCUAAUAUGCCUGUGGCUGCUCGUGAGGCUUCAAUCUAUACAGGAAUUACCAUAGCUGAAUACUUCAGAGAUAUGGGUUACAAUGUAAGUAUGAUGGCAGAUUCUACCUCACGUUGGGCGGAAGCAUUGCGUGAAAUUUCUGGUCGUCUGGCAGAAAUGCCUGCGGAUAGUGGUUAUCCUGCAUAUCUGGCUGCACGUUUGGCAUCCUUCUAUGAACGUGCAGGUAAAGUCAAGUGUCUUGGUGGACCAGAACGUGAUGGUAGUGUCACAAUCGUUGGUGCUGUGUCUCCUCCUGGAGGAGAUUUUUCUGAUCCUGUUACAUCCGCCACCCUCAGCAUUGUCCAGGUUUUCUGGGGUCUAGAUAAGAAGCUUGCUCAGAGAAAACAUUUUCCUUCUGUUAAUUGGCUUAUCUCCUACUCAAAGUACUCAACGGCACUAGAAUCCUUCUAUGAGAAGUUUGAUUCAGAUUUCAUCAACAUUAGGACCAAGGCUCGUGAGGUGCUGCAGAGAGAAGAUGAUCUCAAUGAAAUUGUCCAGCUGGUUGGGAAAGAUGCUUUAGCAGAAACUGAUAAAAUUACUUUAGAGACGGCAAAACUUUUGAGGGAGGACUAUCUUGCUCAAAAUGCUUUCACACCAUAUGACAAGUUCUGCCCUUUCUACAAGUCUGUAUGGAUGAUGCGCAACAUUAUUCAUUUCUAUAAUUUAGCCAAUCAGGCUGUGGAGCGAGGAGCUGGUAUGGAUGGCCAGAAGAUCACUUACACACUGAUCAAACAUCGUUUGGGUGAUCUAUUUUACCGCCUAGUGUCACAGAAGUUCGAAGAUCCAGCUGAAGGGGAGGAUGUUCUUAUUGGGAAAUUUAAGAAGCUAAAUGAAGAUCUUACUUCUGGUUUCCGCAACCUUGAAGAUGAAACUCGGUAAAUACUACUGAAUACGUAAUCAGGUUAUUUGCAGCUGAAACCGAGCGGCAAUUUUCACCUCUCAAGAGUCGGUCGGUUUUUGGGGAGGUCGUGUUGUUUCUUAGUGCAUGAAAGAAGGAACGAGCAAGCAAAUGAGAUUGUUAUUAGUACGAUUUGUUUAUUAUACAAAGGGUGUCCAAUAUCGUUUGUGUUGUUUAGCUAUAAUUUAUUUCUGCAUCCUUAAGCAUUUUGUCUUGAGAGUUGAAAUAAGCUUCACAUUGUGUAGGUUGUCAAAUUACUACUCUCAAAACUCAUGUUGAUAGUAUUAUCGUCAUUUUUUUUACUUGUAAGAAUGAAUAAUUAUGAAAUAAGAUUGUUGGUGCAGCCAUUUAAAUUUGCA